CGGAGCGUGUGUAAUAGCCGUUUAGUGAGCCAACGGCCACGAUGGAGCGGAUUGUUUCCAUAACGUUUAUCUGUUCCCCCAACGGUCGAAAAAUUCAACCAAUCAAAAAUUGUUCCCUAAUACAGUUCUUCCCCCUUUCUCUAUAUUUUCAAUCAUCGAACCUAAAUCAAAAUCAAAUAUUCCAAUCCAAAAUUCAUCCCCCAUUCUCUGUAUUUCCGAUCAUCGAUUACUGAAAUUUCUUCUUUCACUGAGAUAAUUCGAACCAGUUAGAGAGAGAAAAAAAUGAGUGUGGUGCAGUUUCCAGAAGCCAUGGAUUCUUCUUCCGCAGAUGUUCAGAUAUGGAACAACGCCGCUUUCGAUAACGGAGGAAUCUCUGAAGAUUUUACGGGGAGUAGGCAAUCCUGGGGUUCGUUGAAGUCGGUGUUCGCAAACCCUAAAUCGUCGUUCGAUUCGGUUUCCGAUAAAGAGAAUCGGAAUGAUGUUCUGGAGAAUCAGAUUUCGUCUGUUUCUGUUUCUUCUUCUCUCAACAAGUCUUCAAACGCAACGCCGUUCAAGCCGGUCAACGCAGAUCGGGCUGCCGAGAAAUCGAGGAUUAAAAGGGGUCUUGUUGAUGAAGAUGUAGUUUUGAAGUUGAAAAUUAGGGAUGAGAAGAAAAUUGAUGAAGAAAUCGAAGAGGUUGAGUCUGAAAUUUGUAGAUUGAGUUCAAGAUUGGAGGCUCUGAGGCUCGAGAAAAUCAAGAGGACCGUAAAAGCCGUCGAAAAGAGAGGAGGGAGAGUUGUGCAGGCGAAGUUUAUGGAGCAGAAACAGAGUGCUAAGAAUGAAGAGAUUUCAGUUCCAUGUUUGAGUAGUGCAAGAACAAAGGUUCAGAGAAGGGGGAUCAGUUUGGGGCCCGCCGAGAUUCUUUCUGCCGGGGGCGGCGGGCGAAGAGGGAUGAGUAUGGGGCCCACCGAGAUUUUCGGAGCGACGAAAUCGAGGCAAGAUACAAUGAUCAAAACCACCCCUCUUCAGAGUAGAAGGAAAUCUUGUUUCUUCAAGUUGCAAGAGAUUGACGAAGAGAAAGCGGUGCUGCGCAAGGAGAGGUGUAGCUUAAGUCCGAAAUCGAGAAAACUCGCAGCAAAGACUCCUUCAAGGCAGGCUGUAACCACAAUUUCAUCGAGAAAAAAUCUGAAGAAAGAAGAUGCGGUUAUCAGCUCGAUUCAUCCCAAGAAAUUGUUCAAAGAUGGGGAAAAGUCGGUCCCACCGACUAAUAAGAAGCCGUUAAUAAGGCCGGGGAGAGUUGUGCCCAGCAGGUACAAUCAGAGUACAACGACAACUAACGGUAAUCAGAGUGCAUCGGUAGUAAUGAGAAAGAGGUCUUUGCCGGAGAAUGAUUUGGAACAGGGCAAGAGAGACGAAAAGAAACGGUCUUUAUCGGGUGAUGAUGCGAACGAGAAGAAGAUCAAUUUAGGCACGGAAAGCCGUGUGAAGAAACGGUGGGAGAUUAAUCCAAGUGAGAUUGUGGUUCAUGGUAGUACUAGUGCGGUUGAGGCGGAUUAUUUGCCGGAAUUGCUUCCGAGGAUUAGGAUUGGUCGGUGCAAGAACGAGAGCCCAAGGGACUCCGGGCCAGCUAAAAAGGUGGUCGAGUUGAUUGGAAAGAAGUCGUUUUUUGGGAGUGACGAGGAAACGGACAUUGCAUCGGUUUGUCAAGCACUUAGCUUCUACGGGGAAGGGGAAGACGAAGACGAAGAAUAAAUUCCCGUUCAUCAUCGAUUCUUGAUGACGCAUUUGCGAGCGGGGUUGUUUUUGCUUCUGUGUUGAGUAAUGUAGUUAGUAUAUAGAAGCUGCUACUUUUGUUGUGAAAGCUCGAAUAAGUAAGUGGAUUUAGCUCGGGUUUUUUUUUUCUUUUCUGUAUGUGGUUUUUUUAAUAUGUUGAGACUGUGGCCAACGAGCAUACUCGUGCUUUUUGUAUGUAAGAAAGUUGGAUCUUUUUACUAUCGAAAUUGUUUUUUUCUAUGCCUUGUGAUGGUGGAUGAUGAUAUUAUUGCAAGUGGAAAUUGUGAAUUCGCCAAUUUUGUGCUG